CCAGUCAGGACUGUGCAAGGCUUUCUUCCAGUGUCUCCUACAGGAACUGCUCACCCCAGUCCUUUCUAACCUUUACUUUCUUUGUCACACUUUUGUUACUUUUCUUUCUUUUUCAGAGCUUUUUGACCUGGGUUCUUCAGCUGUGAUGUAAAUCUUAUAUAUUAUUUUCAUGCUUUGAAGACAUACCUUUAUUUUUGAGCUCUCGGAAUGAGAGAAAAUAGCAUUAGGCUAUUAUACGACAGAUAUAUUGCAUAUUAAGAAAAUUUCUUCACAGGAAGGGUUGUCAAGCACUGGAAGAGGCUGCCCAGGGAAGUUCUGUUGUCACCAUACCUGGAGGUUUCUCAUUGCUGCAGAUUGUGCCUCCUCCUUGCUAUGCUUGGUUUCAUCUCUAAAAGAGCACAUGAAAAUGCUGCAGCUUCACUCCCUCCCUCUGUGAGAGGUGGGAAACAGAUGAGUUCCAUAUAAUUCAGUGAGACUAGUGUGGUCAUGUUGUUCAGGAAAAGUCCUCCAGGCACUUUAUUAAUCAUCUUAAAUGAAAGGGCAUGAAAUUAAAAUCAGCAGAGACAGUCACAUCUUCUCAUCUUCCUACCUGUAUCUGCAGUCCCAUAUGUAGUCAAAUGGCAGAAUCAUCCCAGUCUAGUUACCCCAGGCUGCCUAGGGACAUGGUUUUAUUCUGUUUGAGGUUUAAGACCAAUAAGAAAUUAAUUUUAAUCCUAAACAGGCUGCAGUCAGGACUUUGAUUUCAUUUUAACAUAUCUACUGUGGCGUGAGACCAUUUCUGAAGUGAAAAAUAAUUUCAAUGUGAAGAUAUAAUUCUCCCUUGCUUCCUUGUGAUAUCAGCUUUAUGGACAAUGGGGGACCAAGGCUCUUACCCAGUGUGAUUCCCAUUCUCAUAGCACUGUGGGCUUAGCUAAGAAGUGGUCUCACUGCACUACUCAAUAUAUUGGGAAAUGUCAAAAGACCACUGUCCUUUGAAGAAGUUCGUCUCAAAUGGGAAGGGGGCAUGAGGGCACUUCAGUUCUUCUUGUCUGCAAGUGCAAAAAGUCCUGGAGGGUCUGUGUCCAAUAUGGUGCAGGACAAGAGGUUAUCUUCAGGGUAGGGCAUGGUUUCAAUGAGGCAGCACAUCUGAUAAAACCUGCACAUGAGGCAGGGAACCUGUGGGCCAAUGGCAAGUUGGUCACUGCCACUUGUCAUUAGUCCAUCAUGGGAUGCCAGGGCAUGGAAAACUGCUAUAACCUUGCAUAAUCUGUGAUCAGGAUGUCUUGCAACCAAAUCAAUGUUUCUCUCUGUUGACUUGGUUUAAUUUAAAGUCCAGAAGGACAAUAGGAGACUUCCUUAUCAAUCUCCAAGUGUUUUAUAACAAAACUAAAACCCUGGAGUAUGGGCUUUGCUUCUCUGACUUAUUCAGCCCCAGGAACCCUGAGCCUGCUCAGUUGAAGUUUUUCAAGCUGAAGUUUUUGCAAACUGAAGCUGCACUCUAGCUUGGAGAGGAAGCUCACUGCUUUGACAUUGCCUGCUUUUCUGCUGUAUUCUGAGCAUGAGAGCUCCUGAUGCUGUGAUGGGAAUGGAGAAAUGGGAAACCAGCCAUCAAAAACUCAGCCACAGGGGAAUUGCCUGGCUGGUCCUUGCUAUACUUUGCUUCUUUGGGCCUAUCUGUGAGAGAAGGGCUUUUCAAAUUGUUUCCUCUCCAUCAUUCAUAUGGAUGGUGGAAUCUAAAUGUUGCUCAAAGUCUUUACCAAAGACAUAUCUGAUUAAGCCAGUCUUACCCCACAGGAUGCACGGUCUAAACAGGGGAAAAACAAACAGCAUCACUCAUAUGAAGAAAAAGGCAAAACCUGUGCUUUAAAAGAAAAAGCAAGCACUGGUGUUAGUGUUCAGCAGCAUAUAUAUUGCUCAGAAAACUUCCCCAACCUCUACUUCCCCAAAACACCCCCUUUCCUUCCAGUUUAUAAAGCCCUUGUGGCACACAGUGCUUUGUUGGGCAAGAUUUGGCAGCUCCCUGUGCUUACAUUGCAUCAGCAUGAGAGUAUCCCUUGGACUCAGCUUCUUCCUGGCAUUCCUGCACCCAGGAAUGUGCCUCCAGUGUGAGAUAUGUCACAGCAUGGGAAAAAGCUGCUUUGGCCCCAUGAAAACCUGCACUGGUGGUGAAGACACCUGUGGCAUUAUUCUGCAUGAGGUCCUUAUAGGGGGAAUGGCCAUCUCUUCAUCCAUCAAGUCCUGCCUGCCAUCCCACGUCUGCCACCUUGGCCCUGUCACUGUGAACUAUGGGAAGGUGAAGGCAAAGAGCCACUUGGUUUGCUGCACGGGCGAUGACUGCCGGACCACCUCCGUGUCAUUGCCUCCAGAUAACAAUGUGCCCAAUGGAUACCAGUGUCCUGCCUGCUACAGCGUGGACUCCUUUCAGUGUGCAAAUGAAGUUGUAAACUGCACUGGAUCUGAAGACCAAUGUGUUGACCUUGCUGGGUUAAUGAAUGCUGGUGGAUUAUCUCUGAAAGCUGCCAUGAAGGGUUGCACCACCAUUUCUGAAUGCAGUAUGGUAGGAGAUGGAAAAAACAGCCUGGGGAUGAUGGACAUAAAGUUGAAACGGUUCCAGUGCAGCCCGGCUUCUGUUAUGUACAGCAUGGCGUUCACUGGGGCUGCCCCUCCACACCCAACCUUCCUUCCUAUCCUAUCAGGAUUCAUUCUGGAGAAGGUACUUUUCUGACUCUCACUAGUGCUGGGUUGAGCAAAACCCACAGCAAACUCCAGCAGUGGUUUGCAACUUAGUCCUUUUUGCUGUGGCUUCUACUUCAUCCUAAUGGGGAUUUUAUUUUCAGAUAAGCUCUCCUUUCCAUUUUCACAGAAUAAAGACAGCACUUACAUUUC